UUGAGCAACAAUAACAUUCGUUCCAAGAAUCGUGUAAACAUUAUGGAACCAUACAGAAAAUUCGUGCUGCGCAAGCAAAAAGAAAGCUGAUUCAUCUUUACAAAUUUAGCGUACUACAAUUAAAAGUAAGUGAAGUGAGUCACUGUCGCCCUGGCGAGUCCCUCUGCGGUCCGUUGGCAAGUGCAAGUGCGGAACAAUUAUCGAUCCGUUCGGAACGGGGGGUAGAAAAAAAAAACAAAUCAUCUCCACUGCGGACAACCAAGCGUCUGCAGACCGCUGGCAUACAAAGGGGGAAGGAUUGCUCUCGGGUUUCUGCGUACGGAAUGCGCACAGUGAGCAGCAGUUAUCGAUCGGAGACACACUGGUAAAGUGAUUCCUGUACUUGGUGGUGGUGUACCUGGUGCUCGUCUAUCGGAAGUACCUUGGCACGACGGUCGGUCGGUCGUAAAAAAAACCAGCUUUCAGAGUGCGCUACAACACCUUGGUGGUGGUCCUUGAACGCAACAAUGUUUAACAUGAACGAAUUCAAUGAAAUACUGGACAAAUGCUGUGAUAAAUCAUCCCAGAAGGAACAGGAUGAGAAACUACUGCAACCGUUGAAUUAUAUCGAACAAAUUCCCGGUAAGCAGGUUCGCAUGAAACUAGCGCUGGCGAUUAACCAUUGGCUGUCGAUACCGAUGGACAAGCUGGCGGCGAUAAGUGAGAUUGUCCAAAUGCUGCACAAUUCUAGUCUGCUCAUCGACGAUAUCGAAGACAAUUCUAUCCUCCGCAGAGGCAUCCCGGUGGCGCACAAAAUUUACGGCGUAGCGAGCACCAUCAACGCGGCCAAUUAUGUUCUAUUUUUGGCACUGGAGAAGGUGCAGCAGCUAGGCCAUCCGGAAGCGACGCAGGUGUACACCGAGCAGCUGCUGGAGCUGCACCGCGGCCAGGGUAUGGAAAUCUACUGGCGGGACAAUUUUACCUGCCCAACCGAAUCGGAGUACAAGCAGAUGACGAUCCGCAAGACGGGCGGACUGUUUAUGUUGGCCAUCCGGUUGAUGCAACUGUUCAGCGCGAAUCGGAAGGAUUUCACCAAGCUGGCCGCGAUACUCGGCCUGUACUUUCAAAUACGGGACGAUUACAGCAAUCUCUGCAUGAAGGAGUACUCGGAAAACAAGAGCUACUGUGAGGAUCUGACCGAGGGCAAAUUUAGCUUCCUCAUCAUACACGCGAUACAGACACAGAAGUACGAUAAGCAAGUUUUGCAUAUUUUACGCCAACGAACGCGCGAUGUGGAGGUGAAGCGGUAUUGCAUUUCGCUGCUGGAAAAGUUGGGUAGUUUUCAGUACACACGUGACGUGCUUGAGGCACUCGACAAGGAGGCUCGCAAGGAGGUGGAAAGUCUUGGACCGAAUCCAAUUAUGGAGGCACUGCUGAACGAUUUGCUUAGCUGGAAGCAUGUGUCCGACGCGGCGGAGCAACCGUAAGCAGCGUACACACGGUAUUUUGCUGGAAAAACGGAUAUAGAAUUAUGUGUGCUUCGGAAGACUAAGGAACCACGGCAUCAAAUCUCAUCCGGGACAAGCAGCAGGCAGCAAAUCGGCCUGAUCCUGGAGAAGAAAUUACGAAACGCUCUAGCGGGUGUUGAGUUGGGUGAAUUGUGCGAGCGACAAUAAUUAGUACGACAAAGCGAUUUUACAAGCAUUAUUUCUAUGCGAAAAGCCAACACUCCGGAACACUGAUUGGUAGCAGCUUAAAUAUUGCUUCACUACGCCAGCCGUUUGCAAAAGUGUUCCGCGAUCGUAGGAUAAGCCUCGUAUACUAGAGAGAGGCAGAGAGAGAGAGAGAGAGAGAGAGAGAGAGAGAGAGAGAGAGAGAGAGAGAGAGAGAGUUUAAAAUCAGCCAAAGCUUCGCAAUACUCCCGGGCGAUGUAAUGCUCCCGCUUAGUAAUUUAAUAGUUGAAGUCCUUGUUUGCCUUAGCUUUGGUACAUUUUGCUUUCCCGGAAAAGUAGUAGGAGUUACUGCUUUUUUUAGCACUAGGAAAUGGUAGAAAGUGCCGCAUUUCUUGCGCCCUCGCACGAUAUGCUAGUGCUUGCGCGUAGUGCGCUAAACGUUCUGUAUAUAAACAUAGCUUACAAAUUCUCUGCUGCUCCGUUUCGUUCAGCACCGUUCGCAGCAAAUAUUUUAAACCUGAAGGGGCCAUGGUGAAAUCGUCGAGCCUGUGAAACGCCCUUAGAUUUCGUGAUAUGUUAGCUCACUCCGAUUGUGGAUCUUUUUUACUAAUUGUUUAUUUUAUUCAUACAUCGGUGUUCUCUGCUGUUGGUGUGCUACGUGUUUGCACGGUUUAAAGGGAAACCAUGGGGAAGAUGCCACCCGCGGUAUGCGUCUAGGCUUUGAAAGGAAAAGUACGUCGCAUGGAUUAAUCGAAUCCAGCCUUAGUUAGUUUAGCUCAGCAAGCGUUCGCUGAAUCACGUAUUGCGCGCAUUUAAAUGUAUUCUGUUGCCAAUUUGUAUCGCGGUGAAAAAUGGCCAAAAAAGAAAAACAGCAAUCCGGAACAUAGAUAUAAAUCGGCACACAAAACGUCUGCAGCGGUUAGAACGGUGCAAAGUCUUCCGGAAGAAUCAUCACUCUUCGUAGGUAAUUAGAGUAGAAGCUUAAAACAAAAACAAGGAAAAGCACACACAAACACACACACAAAAACUCAGAACGCGCAAUAGAAUUUGUAGCAUUAUUUGCAGAAAAACUAAAUUCGAAUCGUACAUGCGCUUGGCCAUGCUUUAAGCCCUGUUAGCUCAAAAUAUGAACCUCCUAAACGCGAUACUAGUCGCAGGUGUAGUGUUUUGCCCCAUUUUACAACGAAUGGUGAUUGACAAUAAUGAGCCGGAGAAGGAAAAGGAGCGUGUUUUUGAAAGUAAAAAUAUUAAUUCUUUUGCCUAAACCCUUACCUCCCAACACAUUCAGGCCAUAUCAACGACUCAAGAAAGAGAGAGAGAGAGAGAGCGAGCGAGCGAGCGUAAUAUGAUGGCAGUCGUUAUUGUAACUACGAGUAUGAAUAUUCCCGUUUUUCGCUAAGAUUUCUACAACUUGCGGUACGAUUUAAAAAUUACAUACUUAAAUAAUGCACUCAUUCUCCCCUCAACUGCUGCCGAUUGCACGCCAGCUUGGUAGCCCGGUUUUUUUGGUAUUAUUUUUUCUCAUUCACAUAUGCCGUUCGUUACUUUCUGGCUUUCAUUUUGUAUAUGAUCAGUUGAUAACGUACUGCUUUACUUCUACUUUCUCACGGUUCUUUUCUUUUGUUGUAACGGCAAACUUAUACGUUACAUGUAUUAUAACUUUACUUCUACCUUUUUUCUCCUCUCGAUUAAUACAAUAAUAUUUGUCUACCGUUGUUCACAUUAGUAUUGCUUACUUACAGUUCCUUAGCCAUUAGUUGAAUUGCAUUUUUACCACCUUCCUUCACUUCUAUCACCUUUCACCUGUCCUGCUUUCCUUUCCUGUCCGUGUAUUUGCCUUUUGACUAGCGGUUUAAUUUUGCAUAAUUUUAUCCUAUUCGAAUUUAUUUCGCAGGGGAGAAUAGUUAAGGAAUAACCUUUUUAAAAUUUACUACCGUAACGGUGUUUUGCUCUACUUCGUUCCAAACAAAAAAAAAAAAACCCAAACAGUGGUGUGGUACGUUUAGGCGCGCAGACCAGACAAACUUGGACAAGAACAUUUUGAAACCAAAAACAAAAACGAGAGAACUAGAAAUUUCCAAUGGGUUUUUUUUCCUUCCCAUUUGGGGCAUCGUGUAGAGUGAUACUGUAGAGGAAAACGAAUAAAUACACAACAUAUCGCUUCA